GGAGCUCCCUGAAGAGCUGGAGUUCAGAAGGCAUCUCUUAGACACAGACCUCCAUCCCCUCCCUGCCUCAACUGGGCAGCCUUUUCAGACUGUCUCUGCCCAGAAUGUCAGGGAAGGCCACAGCCUUGGCCUCCCACGCUCCAAAAGAACAAGAAGGACUUAUAAUUGUGAAGGUUGAAGACGAGAAUUAUGUUUGGGGGCAGGACUUGGGCCUUCCGGGAAACGCCAGUAGCCAGGAGACCUUCCGCCAGCGGUUCAGGCAGUUGGGUUACUCUGACUCUGCUGGGCCCCGGGAGGCUCUGAGCCGGCUCCAGCAGCUUUGCCGUCAGUGGCUGAGGCCGGAGGUGCACACCAAGGAGCAGAUCCUGGAGCUGCUGGUGCUGGAGCAGUUCCUGGCCAUCCUGCCAGAGGAGCUGCAGGCCUGGCUGCGAGAUCACCGACCAGAGAAUGGAGAGGAAGCAGUGACUAUGCUGGAGGAGCUGGAGAAAGAGCUUGAUGAACCAAGGCAACAGGACACAGCUCAUGGCCAAGGAAUGUUCUGGAAGGAAAUGACAUCCAUGGGAGCACUGAAGUCUCUGAGUAGCCAGUUCCAGCCCUUGGAGAACCAGUGCAAGAGUGAGACUCAGGAGCCCCAGGCUUUCCACGAGAGAGAGUCCUUAUAAAACACAACCUGUACUUGAAGGUAAUGACUAAACUGCCCUUUGACCUUUUUUAACUAAGGCUCUCACUGCCUUUGAUUCCAUCUGUGUUCCAUCUCUCUGAUCAUCUUGGCAUAUUUCUCUGGACAUACUUUAGUUUCUCCACUUUCACUUGAAGUUCAGGGAUCAAAACAAAAUAAAAUACUCUAAUGAGGAUCUGAUUAAUUCUAAAUAUAAGUAGAUUCGCUUCCCAGCUAUCUGUUGCACUUUAUAUCUUGUUGUUUGUUACUUCCCAGAGGCAUUAUGUUGUUGACUCAGUCACCUUAUGGGCAACAGUGAUUCCAUCUUUCAGCCUUCCUUGGCCUUAGCAAAAUUUCCUCAUCCUCCAUCUAUGCCGGAUCCCUUAAGUGUAUGGUCUUGAGUGGCUUGACUGGGUUCCUGAUAAAUCUCAUUAUGCUGGGCUUUUUUUAGUCCUGAGGGUCUUAGUCAGCCCCACCUCUGAAGAAUUAAUGUGGAUCAUUUCACAUCUUUCACCUAAGUCAUAAGGUUUAAAUCACUGGAGGGAUCCACCUUGAUAGGAUUGUAAGAGUCACCAUGUCAUUUUUACAACCUUACAACCUGGGGUUAUAAUUUUCCUGUAGGUUCUUCACUAGCCUAACAAGACGUCUUGCUAGAAGAAGAGCCCGAGAUGGAGAUAUGAAUGCAGAUGAUUUGUUGAGGGUGUGCUCUUUGGGAGAAAUCUGUAAUAGAGUGAGAGAAAUAGGAU